AACAGAAGUACAAGCCUCAUUAUAGUAGUUUACUGGGGCAAAAAAUCGCUCGCCUGCAAGGCGUACCUCAAUACAAGUCGGACAAUCAACAACAGACGACGUGAACCAUACGCGUUGACGGAGAUAAAAAAAAAUCUCAAGGAGGUGAGCUGCUCUUGACUUCCAUGUGGUCUAAACAGCGAAGACUGCUUUGAUUUGGUAGCUAAUGGAUCAGCGCUGCAAAGUCUAGAGCUAAGCUAUGUCUCCAGAAACACUAUCAGUACAAAAGGUGACUGGCGUCACUGCCCCUCUUGUUUGUUUUGCCAAUGGCAGCAUUUCAGAAGCAUGCAAAAAACAGCUACGGGUUUCAGUUUAUGAAGAGUCGAAACAAACUUUGAAAGGAAGGAAGAGGAAAAUAGUGAUGGCAGAGUCACAGAGGCAGACAUACAAGGCUUCAAAUUUUGAUAACGUUGAUUCCAAAUGUGAUGACACAGAUUUAUACCUGGCAGAAGUAAAUAAGGAGACUGGCGAAAUGAGUUUUUAUUCCGCAGAAGUCUUUCAUUUGAUGCCAGUCAGAGAAGAAAGUAUACUUGAACAGUCUUUGAAAUCUUCGAUGUCAUACCAAGAAAAGACUGACCUUCUCACCGAAUCUUUUGGAAGUGGGAAGCAGAAAAAAGCUUUGGCAAGACGACAGCAGAUCCGUUUGAAAGACAGUGUUAUUAAGAGUGCCAUUUCUUCUGUGGUGGACUCUGCGGUGGCUGCCCAGGAGCUUAGUAGUUCUUCAUCAGCUUUACCAGCGACCACUUCAGCCAUUCCACCAUACAACAUAGAUGCAAGAACACCUGCUGAGGUUUACAAACUUGAUGAUAUCAUCGGACAGGCAGAGCUGCAAAGCUUGAGGAAUGUUGCAGAAGUGUUUUUCCAAUGUAACAGUCAGAUCGUUGCAGAAUGGCAAACAAACAACACAUAUUUUUCAUCAGUUCUUUCAAGAUUAAGCAAUUUGCCCUUUAAUGAAACAGCUCGCUGGGAAAGUGCUUGUUGUUUGAUGUACCUGCAGUUUAUGAUGACAUUAUUUCAAAUGAAAGCAGCUCAAAUGCAAAAGAAAGAUCCCCUUCCUGCAGACUGGCCGGACUUGGUGACAAAUCUAAUGCUCAACCGCUUCACUUUCAAAUCUGAUACAGCUAAAAGCAGAAGAUGUCUUCCUGCCCGCCUAAAAGACUUGCUUCUUUCACAUAUUUUGGUGUUGUGUCUUAUUCUUGAUCGUUUUACCACCGAUCUUGAGCUGCUUCAGGUGGAUCUCAAAAUUGGACCAAACAAGCUCCAAACCCAUGUCAAAUCAUUAGGAUGCAAAGUCAAAAAGGAAGCCUCUUCUGGCAGUUUUACAGCCAUCUUGACUGUCCCAUUGGUCUUUCCAGAGGCAAAAAAGAGCAAGAAAGUACGACUAUGAAGAUAAAACAAUUCACAUCACAAACAGUUUGUUGUUGAGUGAAUCUUUUGAUCAUGAUAAAGCCUAAAAAAAUCUGUGAUGAACAGUUUGUUAAAAUGGGAUAAACAACAGCUUUGGCAGACAAUUUGAAGACAGCUGUUUCAACUGGUGACUGCCAUUAUCAGUAAAGUUUACCUUUUUUUUUGUUGAAAGAGAAUAUUUAAGACGUUUUUGGACUCCUUCUCAAUAUCAGAAGCAUCAGGCAAGCUUUGCAAAUUAUGUAUCUGCCAAUGAUUGAACAAGAGUUUUAAUCAUUAGAUUGUUGCAUGGGACCUAGAAAGGAUUCUUUGACACAAAUGGGGCUUAAUUGGUUCCCAUCAUCCUGAGAAUUUUUAAGUCUAAGAAAAGUGUUGAACAAAAGUAGUGAACAAGUUAUCCAGUCCUGAACUAUGUAGCUGCAGAAUGGAAGCAUUCAAAUGGUCUUUACCUUUGCAAGCUUACUGAUUAAAAUAUCAUGUGAAUAUUUUCUUAUAAUCAGAACUAGAAAGAACUUCACUAUAUUUCAUAUCCCAGAUUCCUCACAGAUCAAAUAAAUGUUGAAUUUCAAA